AUGCCGUAUCUUCACGUCGCUUUGGUAUUCCUCUAUCGUUUGACCUUUGUCCCGGAGGUCAUGGCUGUCGUAGUGGCAGGUUUCCCCUGGGAGCCGCUAGCCCGCAUCGAAGACGAAGGUUUCCCUGCAUCAGACACGGCUGGAUUGCUGAGGAAGCCUUUACCGGAAGACUACGCCAUGAGGGGCUUAAUUUGGGCUGGCCCGUACUUCCCCGAUGAAUGGUUUUCGUCGCAUGACAUCGACGACGAUGAGAAGUAUUUUGAGCUACCCUCCAUGAGCGAGGAUAGGAAGAACGUGCUCUAUAUCUUGGUUGUCGGAUUGCGGCCAUUCAGCGCUAGUCCGCAGGACGACAUAGACCUGGGCACUGUCCGCUAUGCGCCGGUCGAGAGCUUCGAUCGUUCCGACGUCUCAAUAAUAGCAAUAGUCCUCGACUUUUCUCGGAGGGAUGGUUUUGAAUAG